AUGCCCCCAGCCCGGACUGCGCGGGGACAGUUGGUCUCGAACGAGAACGAUGAGAAUGCCGGGUCAACACGUAUGACUAGGACCAAGGCCAAAGCCGCCGCCCUCAAUGUUGACGAGCUUGCACUUCCCACGAAGCAGUUGCAAACAAAGAAGGGGGUUGCUGGCAAACCCGCGCCUACGACGAGGACAACGCGUAAUGCUCUUGGAGAUGUGAGCAAUGUCACCAAGGUCGAUGCUGGAAGGAAAGCAGUUGGAGGAAAAUCCGGCGCAGUCGCGAAGGCUGCUGCCCCAGCCGGGGUACAGAAGAGCAGUGCCCGUACGGCGCCGACGCGAAGUGCACUCGGUAGCAAGCCAGCCAACGUUACAAACGGCAACGCCGAGAAGCAGUCGGGUAGGGGCACACUCUCCAAGAGGAAAGCACCAGCCCAGGCCGCUCCAAACAAUGUCAAGGAGGAGUCCACACUGGAGGGAGAGCCGGCUCGCAAGCAAGCGCGUGUCGCCGCUCCUGCUGCCGUUGAGACGAAGCGAGCAGCUCUGGUGAAGGAACCCAAGUGCGUCGAGCCCGAACUGAAGCCAACCAGAGAGUUCAUCCGCGACCCGCGUCUUCUUGCAGGCGAAGUGCCUCCCGGCGUUGUGGAUCUUUCCAUGGACGAUUAUGACGAUCCUCUGAUGGUAGCCGAGUACGCCGACGAGAUAUUCAGUUAUAUGUUGAAUCUCGAGCUCAGCUCCAUGCCCAAUCCCAACUACAUGGACCACCAGGAUGACGUUGAGUGGAAGACACGAGGCAUCCUCAUCGAUUGGCUGAUUGAGGUGCACACCCGGUUCCACCUCGUGCCGGAAACACUGUUCCUCGCUGUCAACAUUGUCGACCGCUUCCUCUCGGAGAAGGUCGUGCAGCUAGACCGCCUGCAGCUUGUUGGAAUCACUGCCAUGUUCAUCGCUUCCAAGUACGAGGAAGUCAUGUCACCCCACGUUACCAACUUCCGCCACGUUACCGACGACGGCUUUAGCGAGAGCGAGAUCCUCAGCGCCGAGCGCUUCAUCCUUUCGACCCUCAACUACGACCUCAGCUACCCCAACCCCAUGAACUUCCUUCGUCGGGUAUCCAAAGCAGACAACUAUGACACUCCGUGCAGAACCAUUGGCAAGUAUCUCAUGGAAAUCAGCCUUCUCGAUCAUCGCUUCUUGCAGUACCGCCCAAGUCUUGUUGCUGCGUCCGCCAUGGCUCUCUCCCGUAUUAUUCUUGACCGCGGUGAAUGGGACAAGACUAUCUCGUACUACUCGGGUUACAACGAGGAUGACGUUGAGCCCGUUGUUAACCUCAUGGUUGAUUACCUCUCUCGCCCCGUUAUUCACGAGGCAUUCUUCAAAAAAUAUGCCAGCAAGAAGUUCUUUAAGGCAUCCAUCCUGGCACGCAACUGGGUCGAGGAGAAUGGUUAUCUCUUUGGUAUCGACCAAACCGACGUAGCUAUCGACCAGCUGUAG